AUGGCCGACCACCAAUCGACCGCCGGCGCCGACGACGCUGCAGCCGCCGUCGCCAAGCUGCACCUCGACGAUGUGACGGGCGAGAUGAUCUCCAAGACGGAGCUCAAGAAGCGCCAGAAGGCCCGCGACAAGGAGGCCGCCAGGAAGGAGAAGCAGGCCGCCAACCCGACGCCCGCCGCCGGCCCCAGCAGCAAGAACGCCGAGGCUGCUGAAAAGGAGCUCACCCCCAAUCAGUACUUUGAGAUUCGCUCCCGAGCCGUCGAUGAGCUUCAUGCACGGGGCAAGGCCUAUCCCUACAAGUACCACGUCAACUACGACAUCCGCAAGUUUGCCGACGACUUCUCCCACCUCAAGAAUGGCGAGUCGGAAAAGUCGAGGAUGGUCCAGCUCGCCGGCAGGAUAUACGUCAAGCGCUCGUCGGGCAACAAGCUCUACUUUUACGACAUCCGCUCCGAGGGCACACGGCUCCAGGUGCUCGCCCAGGCCGACAAUGUCGGUCAGGAUGCCCCAAGCUUCGACGAGCAGCAUGUACACCUCCGGAGAGGCGACAUCAUCGGCAUCCGGGGCUUCCCGACCCGCACCAACCCAAAGACCAAGCAGGGCAGCGGCGAUUUCUCGGGCGAGCUGUCCAUCGCCGCCACCGAAGUUACCCUCCUGUCGCCGUGCUUGCAUCAGAUCCCCGACGACCACUAUGGCUUCAAGAACUCGGAGCAGCGGUUCCGCCAGCGCUAUCUUGAUCUCAUGAUGAACGAGAGGUCACGGCAAAUCUUUCUCACCAGGGCCAAGGUCGACUCAUACAUCCGCCGCUGGUUUGACGACCGCGACUUUGUCUCCGUGCAGACCCCCAUGCUCAACCCCAUCGCCGGCGGCGCCACCGCCAAGCCCUUUGUCACUCACCACAACGACCUCAACAUGGACAUGUUCCUCCGUGUCGCUCCCGAGCUGUACCUCAAGAUGCUCGUCGUCGGUGGCUUAAACAGGGUCUACGAGAUGGGACGUCAGUUCAGGAACGAGGGCGUCGAUCUGACUCACAAUCCUGAAUUUACCAGCCUCGAGUUUUAUAUGGCCUACGCCGAUGUCAAUGACCUCAUUGGCAUGACCGAGGAGCUGGUCAGCGGGCUGGUAAAGCAUGUCCACGGCUCCUACACGACCGUCUUCCACAACAUCAAGGGCGAGGAGAUUAGCAUCAACUGGGAGGCUCCGUGGCCCCGGAUCGAAAUGAUCCCCGCCCUCGAGGAGGCUGUAGGCGAAAAGUUCCCGCCUGCCGACGAGCUACACACCGACCAGACUGGCGACUUCCUCAAGAGGGCUCUCAAGAAGACUGGCGUCGAGUGCACGCCCCCCCUGACCAAUGCCCGCAUGAUUGACGCCCUGGUCGGCGAGUUCCUCGAGUCGAGAUGCAUCAACCCCACCUUCAUCAUGGGCCAUCCCAAGAUGAUGUCGCCCCUUGCCAAGACGUCACGCGAUACCCCCGGGCUGUGCGAGCGAUUCGAGGUCUUUGUCGCGACCAAAGAGAUUGCCAACGCCUACACCGAGUUGAACGUGGCCUCUGAGCAGCGGCUUCGGUUCGAGGAGCAGGCGCGCCAGAAGGCCCAGGGCGACGACGAGGCGCAAAUGGUCGACGAGACCUUUUGCCGGGCCCUGGAGCACGGCCUGCCGCCUACCGGUGGCUGGGGCAUGGGAAUUGACCGCAUGAUGAUGUUCUUGACGGACAAUUACAGCAUCCGUGAGGUCCUGGCGUUCCCGACCAUGAAGCCCGAGUGA